CAAAAGUGAAUGAGCAUCAAGGUUUAACCAUCACGGCAAAUCACGGAACAACCAGAUUGAGCAUUUGGUAUAAGUGAAUGAUAAUUUGAGGAUGCAGCCGUUAAAAGAAUAUGUUUCUCUAACUGAGGGAUGCUUUUUUGCCCACAAAAGCCAACCAAACUCCAUUCUCCGUGGACUCUGUGGAUAUCUUCUACUUGGUUCAAUUGCAUUAAUGCUAGUGUUUCUUUUAUGUGUAAAAUUUGGAUUGAUCUCUAUAUAUCCAGAAUACGGAAAAACUGUUUGUACAAAGUCGUAAAAUAUCACCAAAACCACCAAGAUCAAAAAGCUUCUUGAUCAGAACAUCGAACAAUCAUUUGAGAUCAGAAGAUAUCAUCACAAUGCUGAGAAGAA